AUGGCUGAUUGGAAUCAGUUCGGUAACUGGAUAUACCCCGACUGCCCGGUCCAGCCCAGAGACGACGAGUUAUUUGGCCUACCAAAGUACACCCCAUGGCCUUGGUAUCAGCGGCGGGCUUUGCUCUCCUCUCCCGGCGGUCAGCCUGAUAGUAUUGUGACCGGCCACGUUGACUUCGCCACAAACCCUACCUUUAGCCUAAGCCUUAGCCAUGCGGACGUGACGCUUCGACUGGACAUCACUGAGUUAAUGUGCAUUCUACCUAUGCCAGGGGAGGUAUACACCCGUCAGGGGGAAGAAGAAGUUGGGUACCAGAAUAUCUCUGCAAAAGGCGAGAAAGGACGACCAAUUGACUUUUACGGUCGUGACCUUGUUCUCGCCUUUCCCGCUAGGAGUGUGAAGACCAGCUCUGCAACAAAGGACGUGACACCAGAUCACGGAGUUAUCACUUACAAUGGCAAGGCUUUCCUUGAUAUCAUCAAGCGCGAGUACGGCUUGGUCAUGAACUACAAUAUCACCGAAUCGACCCCGUAG